UUCUUAGGAAAGGUGUAACUCCGUGUUGGCCAAUUGGGAGAGGUUGGAGGGCUGUGUUGGGGACAGAAUCAUUCAUGAUACUUCCUCGUGAUCACCCGCACAGGAGCCCUGACUUCCAGUUGAGAGCCUUUUAUGGGAGGCUUUGCUUGAUUAAUUAUUGACUCAGUCUCCAGCCCUCUCCCUUCCCUAGUGAAUGAGGGUGGGUAAGACACAAAAUUCCAAGCUUUUCAUCCAGAAUGGGUUCUUCAGUGACCAGUCUCCAUCCUGAAAGCUCCCCAGGACCCACCAGGAUCCAUUUGAUAAGACUGGAGAACAUUCUGGUUCCUCGGGAAGAUGCAAGGGUUCAGGACACAGUGCCCCUGUGACCCCGUCAGGGAUCCUGUCUGGGUGUGGUAGCUCACGCCUUUAAUCCCAGCAUUUGGAGGCAGACGUUGAUUUGUGUAAAUUUAAGGUUAUUUUGGGCCACAUAGGCUAUUCCAGGUCAGCCAGGGUUACAUAGUGAAAACUCUGUCUUAAAAAAAUCAAAACCAGGGGCCCUAGGGACCUUAGGUCAGAAGCCAAAUUUUAUGUAUCUAUCAUUUUGCCACAAUGUUUGGGGUUUUGCUUGCUUUUCGCUUUUAAAGAGAUUUACUUUUAUUUAUAUGUACAUAUGUAUGUGCCUCUGUGUACGUGUCAGGUACCCACAGAAGCAAAGGCAUCCGAUCCCCAAAACUGGAGUUAUAGGAGGUUGUAAACCACCUGACGUGAGAAGUGGGAACUAAAGUCCGGCUUCUGGAAGAGCAGACUGUUUUCUUUUCUAUUCUGUUUUAUAAUUUUAUUUGAUUUUGUUUUAAGACAGGGUCUCUCUACAUAUUCCUGGCUAUCCUGGAAACUUGCUCUGUAGACCAGGCUAGCCACAGAUCCACAGAGAUCGGCCUGGCUCUGCAUCCUGAGUGCAUCAGAUAAAGGUCCUGAGUGGAGAGGUGUUAAGGGGCCAGAGUGGGGAAGAUGAGUGAAGACAGACAGCUGGGACCAGGAGGUCUUAUGUAAAUGGAUGUUUAUGCCAACAAGUUUAUUAAGAAAUACAGCAUCGGGGUUGGGGAUUUAGCUCAGUGGUAGAGCUUGCCUAGCAAGCGCAAGGCCCUGGGUUCAGUCCCCAGCUCCGGAAAAAAAAAAAAAAAGGAAAAAAAAAUACAGCAUCUUGGGUGCUAUUUGUAAGGGGGGGGGGGGGGGGGAGAAUGGCCCAGAGUAGCUGAAUUAGACAGUGUUGGCAAAGAGAACAUGUGAUACCUCUGAUAGCCUUAGCCCAGGUAAGAAAGUAGGAUCCCGAGAAACUGCAACCCUGACUCCUUCAAUGCCUGGCCCCCCAGCCUCAGACCUUCCCAAGUCUGCCCUUGAGCAAUGACACAGAGCUCAUAUUCCUUCUGCCCUUUCAUCCAGGCCUCUGAGAAAGCCUUGGAUUGUACCCCAGGCUAGACUUGCACUUGCUGUAUAGCCAAGGAUGAUCUUAGACUUCUUCAUCCUCCCAAGGGCUAAGACUAUAAUCGUGUACUACCAGUCCCAGCUCUUUAUUAAUUUAUGUCCCCACCCCAUAUUAGGUGCACAAGGACAGGAGUUUUAUUUUUAGCUGUACCGAUCCCUGUUCUUUUUUUUUUUUUUUUUUUUUUGGUUCUUUUUUUUGGAGCUGGGGACCGAACCCAGGGCCUUGCGCUUCCUAGGCAAGCGCUCUACCACUGAGCUAAAUCCCCAACCCCCCCCCCACCCAUCCCUGUUCUUAAAUACUUACCAACACUUCGGAAAUGCUCAAUCAAGAAUGAGUGAAUCAGGGGGUUGGGGAUUUAGCUCAGCGGUAGAGUGCUUGCCUAGCGAGCGUAAGGCCCUGGGUUCGGUCCCCAGCUCCGGAAAAAAAAAAGAAAAAAGAAAAAAAAAAAAAGAAUGAGUGAAUCAACCAAUAAGCAAGGGCAGGGAUAGAAGGUAGAUGUUCUGAAUAGCAAGGAUGGGGGUUGGGGAUUUAGCUCAGUGGUAGAGUGCUUGCCUAGUAAGCGCAAGGCCCUGGGUUCGGUACUCAGCCUCGAAAAAAAGAAAAAAAAAUGUACGCCUCACUGAAUAGCAAAGAUGGCACAUGCAGAGGGCCUGUGAUUGCUGGAGGUUUCACAGUCAUAGGGCAAGGGAUGAUGUCUGUGCUGGCUAAACUUAUGUCAACUUGACACACAAACUUAAGUUAUCUCAAAGGAGGGAACCUAAAUUGAGAAAAAUGCUUCCAUGAGAUUUGGCUCUAAGGCAGAUAACUAGUGACUAAUGGGGGAGGACCCAGCCCAUUGCAAGUGGUACCAUCCCUGGGCUGGUGGUCCUGGGUUCUCUAAGAGAGCGAGCUGAGGUGGGUGGUGUGCGCCUUUAAUCCCAGCAAUCAGGAAGCAGAGGCAGGCAGAUCUGAGUUCAAGGGUAGUCAGGCUGGUCUACAGAGCUAAUUCUAGUACAGCCAAGGCUACAAACAUGCACGAGUGCAUGCGCAUGUGCGCACACGCACACACACACACUCAUUGGAGAGAGAGAGAGAGAGAGAGAGAGAGAGAGAGAGAGAGAGAGCUCGGAAAGCAAGCCAGUAAGCAGCGCUCCUCCGUGGCCUCUGCAUCAGUUGCUGACUCCAGGUUCCUGCCCUGCUUGAGUUCCUGUCCUGACUUCCUUUGAUGAUGGACUAUGGUGUGGAAGCAUGAGCCCAAUUCCUCCCCAAGUUGCUUUGGUCAUAGCAUUGUUAUCCUAACAACAGUAACCUUAACUAAAGACAGUGAGAGAAUUUGUGUCAAAAAAGAACAAAAGCAAGGAACCAGGUGGUUGGCACCUAAGGAGCAGUGUAUGAGGCUGACUUCUGGCCUCCAUAUGUCUGCAUGCACACACAGGGCUUGGGGAGUGAGAGACAGCAAUUAAAGCCAUGCAAACACAAAAAAGGGUGUUGGUGAUUGGUGAUAACUUUCUUCUUAUUUUAUUCAACAAAAAUGUAUUAUGCUGCUGGUUGUGGUGGUAUACAGCUUUGAGCCCAACACUUAGGGGGCAGAGACAGGCAGAUCUCAGUUAAAGACCAGCCAAGGCAGCAUAGAAACACCCUGUCUCAAAAAGAAACGUACAACCAAAAAAAAAAGUGUGUGAGUCUUUGCUAUGAGUCUUAGAUUCCAUGUGUGACCAAAGGUCAAGAUGAAAGAUCCAAAGAAUCACUAGCCAGUAUCGCUCCCAAUACGAAAAUCUCAGAAAUUAGCGUUUGCCUCUUGCUUCUCCUCAGGCUGAAGGCCUCGGGUUUGCUAAAUCAUAUUCGAAAGCCCUGACCCUGCAAGGGAUAAUUGUAUUUUAUUUUUAAUUAUGUGUAUGUAUAUGUGUCUGCAUGAGGACGUAUGCACGGGAGGACGAGGUCAGAAGAGGGCACUGGGUCCCCUUGGAGCUGGAAUCCAGGCAGUUGUGAGCCACACCAUGUGGGGGCGGGCAACUGAGCAAGCUCCUGCAAGAGAGCCAUGGGGCUUUAACCCCUGAACUGUUCCCUGGCCCAUCAGCUUUUCUUCAGAAUCCUAUUAAAAGUGUCUGUCCAGGGGUUGGGGAUUUAGCUCAGUGGUAGAGCGCUUGCCUAGGAAGCGCAAGGCCCUGGGUUCGAUCCCCAGCUCCGAAAAAAAAAAAAAAGAACCAAAAAACAAAACAAAAAAACAAAAAAAAAAAAAGUGUCUGUCCACUGUGAUCAUGUGACCCAAGUUUGCGGGGAGGGGGGUUGGAAGGGGACGGGGUGGGGUGUAUUCCUCUUGCUUUGUGUUAAAUUGAGGUCCUCCAGCCCCUGGUACUCAUUGUGUUUUUAUUGCAAACAUUGAAGAUAUUUCAGGGUCUUAGAGUGGGGGGUUGUUAAAUUGGUCCCUAGGAUAAUGUGAUCCUUGGAGGAUCUAGGACAGCAGGGGAGUCCAAAAAGAGCAAAAGUUCCCAGCGUAGGCAUUAGCGCCACCGCUGGCCCCAAGGCACAAGAGGAAGGGGCGGGGCCUCAACAGGUCGAUGCCGGAAGUGCCUCUCCGCCCCUGCUACUGGACCAUGGAGACCGUGGCCCAGUAGAGACCUUAGUGUGAGGCUUGCAGGGGUGGCAGCCAUGGAGGCUGUGCUGAACGAGCUGGUGUCUGUGGAGGAUCUGAAGAAUUUUGAAAGGAAAUUUCAGUCUGAGCAGGCAGCUGGCUCUGUGUCCAAGAGCACGCAGUUUGAAUACGCCUGGUGCCUGGUUCGAAGCAAAUACAAUGACGACAUCCGUAGAGGCAUCGUGCUGCUGGAGGAGCUGUUGCCCAAAGGUAGCAAAGAGGAGCAGCGGGAUUAUGUCUUCUACCUGGCCGUGGGCAACUACCGGCUCAAGGAAUAUGAAAAGGCUCUGAAGUAUGUGCGGGGACUGUUACAGACUGAGCCCCAGAACAACCAGGCCAAGGAGCUGGAACGCCUGAUUGACAAGGCCAUGAAGAAAGGUGACAGGCCUCAUGCUGUCUGCUCUUCCUCCUCCCUCAGGCCCGGGCCUUGGGAACACUGCCCACACCCCCUACACACACACAGUCCUUUAUCAAACCUACCUUCCAAGGGUCUUGGUAGCCCUGGAGCCCCAACCCUCAGACUCUACAUACAGGUCCCCCUCUUCUGUGGAGGGGAGUGUGGUCAGGGUAGGGGCUGAUCUGCUCACGUCUCCCUCUUUGCUUUUCCAGAUGGACUGGUAGGCAUGGCCAUUGUUGGUGGCAUGGCCCUGGGUGUGGCGGGCCUGGCUGGACUCAUUGGACUGGCUGUGUCCAAGUCCAAAUCCUGAAGGCAGCCUCACCUGCUCUCUGCCCCCGGACGCCUGGGAGCCUGGGGGACACUGAAAGAGGGGCUGUCCAUCCUCACCACCGCCUUCCUUUUCUCCUGCAACCCUACCGUGCACCCGCACAGUCUCCAUGACCCCCAGCCCCCCAUCCCCUGGUACCUGUCCUUUACCCUCAGUCAUGCUUUGCAAUGAGUGUAAAUAAAGUUGGGCCGUGGCUUCGGAAA